CUAAACACCGGAGUGCUUGUUAACGUGCAUAGAAUCGGUCCGAGAAUUUCCCUAAAUUUUUCCUCAAACUUUUUCGUCUAUAACAAGAAUCAUACGAUUUUCUCGUCUGGGAAAUAAAAUUGUAAUUCUCAGAAAAAUAUUGAAUGGUCUCAACAAGAAAUAAUAAUCGAAUGUCCGACUUUCCCGCGAAAAUAUUUUUACUUAACUUCGGUACUUCGUUCGGAAUUGGUUGUGUUUUGCCAGAAAAUAAAGAAUUUUCGAAUUAUGCAGCGGAAAAAGAUUUUGCUUCGGUGCGCCUUACUGUCCUUCGUAGGUACGCGCCUGUUACAGCCACUUACGCGGUAGUAAUAACUCUACGUGUCGUUUCGAACUUAGUUGGUUGGCGAAUAUCGUCGGGAGAGGUUGUGUCUUCUGACGUUUCACACAGUUUUCUGGGACCGAUGUUUACGAUUUAUAGUUAAGUUCAUGGCAAUAGAGUUACAGUUGACUGAACAAUCGUGGAAUUAAACAGAUUGCCAUGAAUUUUCAAUCGGUGCACCGAAACGUAAUGUUUAUGAGUUGGAUUUAAAGUGGCGCGCGCGGCGAGGCGAAAUCAUUUUAAACGGUUGGCAAGACUGUUCGGAAAAUUCGGAAAGUGAACAGGUGUUUUUUGAAUGGAUUAGGGAGAAUAGUCGACGAGGACGCAAAAGGAUUUGCGAAUGGUGAAAGAUCGACGAACGGCGCGAUAUUCGUGACUGAACGGCAAUUCGAAAAAUGCAUUGGGAUUUGUGCUCGGAUUUCAACUGUUACAGAAAAUGAGGUAUAAGCGGCAAAGGCGAUUAUGUGAAAUGCAAGGACGACAAGGAUAGGACCUUGGGCGGGCGACCUAGCGAUUCUGUGGUUCUAUAGCAAAGGGAAUAGAAGCGGAAAUUAAAUAUGCCACACCAGUUCGGACUGCCUGCGAUGGCGCACGGAAUGCAAUCUCCUCCUUCGCCGACCUCGGUAAUGUCGGUGUACCCUCGAUUCGGGUCCGGCGUUUACAGACCGGACCAUCAGGAUCAACGGUUGACUCGCGAGGCGAUGGAGCGUUAUCUACGCGACAGGAGCGACAUGGUGAUCGUGAUCCUGCACGCGAAGGUCGCGCAGAAAUCGUACGGCAACGAGAAACGAUUCUUCUGCCCUCCACCGUGCAUCUACCUGUUCGGAGACGGAUGGAGGAUGCGGCAGGAGCAGAUGCUUCGCGAAGGAGAGAGCGAGCAGUCGGCGCAGCUCUGUGCGUUCAUCGGGAUCGGUAAUUCUGACCAGGACAUGCAGCAGCUGGACCUGAACAACGGGAAACAGUAUUGUGCCGCAAAGACGUUGUACAUAUCCGAUUCGGACAAGCGAAAGCACUUUAUGCUCUCUGUGAAAAUGUUUUACGGUAGCGGACACGAUAUAGGGGUAUUCCACAGUAAAAGGAUCAAGGUGAUCUCGAAGCCAUCGAAAAAGAAACAAUCGUUGAAGAACGCCGAUCUGUGCAUCGCGAGCGGCACGAAGGUGGCGUUGUUCAACCGGUUACGCUCGCAGACGGUCAGCACGCGUUAUUUACACGUGGAGAACGGUAAUUUUCACGCUAGCUCGACGCAAUGGGGCGCCUUCACGAUACACCUUUUGGACGACAACGAGAGCGAGUCGGAGGAGUUCCAAGUUCGCGACGGAUACGUGCAUUACGGUAGCACGGUGAAGCUGGUGUGCUCGGUCACGGGAAUGGCUCUGCCGCGAUUGGUCAUCCGGAAGGUGGACAAGCAGAUGGCCAGCCUGGAGGCGGACGAUCCCGUCUCGCAGCUGCACAAAUGCGCGUUUUACAUGAAGGACACGGACCACAUGUACCUCUGUCUGUCGCAAGAACGCAUAAUACAAUUCCAAGCGACGCCGUGUCCGAAGGAGGCGAACAAGGAGAUGAUCAACGACGGCGCCUGCUGGACGAUCAUCAGCACCGACAAGGCGGAGUACCAGUUCUUCGAAGGCAUGGGCCCGGUCAGAUCGCCGGUCACGCCGGUUCCCUUGGUGCACAGCCUGCACCUGAACGGCGGCGGCGAUGUGGCCAUGCUCGAGCUGACGGGCGACAACUUCACCCCGAAUUUGCAGGUGUGGUUCGGAGACGUGGAAGCCGAGACCAUGUACAGGUGUCAGGAGAGUAUGCUCUGCGUAGUCCCAGACAUUUCGCAAUUCAGGGGCGAGUGGCUCUGGGUCAGGCAACCGACUCAGGUGCCGGUGUCAUUGGUUCGCAACGACGGCAUCAUUUACGCAACCGGACUAACGUUCACCUACACCCCGGAGCCGGGCCCUAGGCCGCAUUGUCCACCGGCGGACGAAAUCAUGCGAGCUCCGCGUGCCAUGCACAAUCAGGCCAGCAUGCCGCCCGCGAUCGCGGACGUGCCCUGGAACACGCAUCAGCCGCCGCAGCCGGGUCUCUGAUGUUUCCUAGACAAUUGCACCGCGCGUCACCAAAGUCUCCGGUCUGGCGAGACCUGCGCUCGUCGGCCCGAUUACGAUAACAAUAACAACAGCACCGAUUCCGACAACGAGGAUCCGCAGGUCUCCACGAGCAACGACGGGCCGGUGAUCGAAAACGGUCGCUCGAGAGACGCGCUGCCUCGGGCCGAUUACGCGGAAACGCAUCCAGACAAUACAAAGAUGACGUAGCAUCCCUCUAGCUGCGUCGUUGAAUCUCCCGCGGGAUCCACUUAUCCGAAUCCAAAUCCGUGUACAGUGUGCCGUGUAUCCUUUCCCCUAUGUUGAUACCGCGAUCCUAUCGUAGCCUCUCUUAGCUUUAAGUGUUGAUACAGAUUUACACAGAGAGAAAAUAAUAAUUUAUAGCACUUUUAGGAUUAAGAGCUUUCUACGAAUGUGAAUCUUUAGCGAAUUACGCGAGGCAAUAACCGAAAGAACUUAGACGCGAACGCGAUCGAUCGCCGAAAUUUACGGCGAUCGCGUUUCGUUGUUUCGACGGAACUUCAUAUUUCGCGUCGAUCGGAAUUUUCCUUUGGGAAAUGAAAUCGUUUGAAUCUUUCAUCUUGACAUGUUGCGGCACGUUGAAUGUUCGAUUUCGCGUGCUCGAACCAAAUUGUUCCAAGAGUUCCUUUCGUACCGAGAAAGGUACGAUCGAGACGUUACGCGAAUCCAGAGAUAUUUUUCUUUCGUUUUCUCCUCGAUGCUCGGUUCUCUCAAUUCCGAGUUGAUCCAUUUUUACACACGCAACCGAUCACCUAGGCACCGAACCGUGCUUCGGAAGAACGGUCUUGAACAUGUUGUGUUACAGUUACGUGCAAUUCCGGCAGAAUGUCCGUAUUUAGUUUGAUGAAAUAAUUCGCACGGCGUACAGACGAUUUUCGAUUUGUCGCGGGGGAACGCGAUUUCGUUUGCAAAUUGAUUUAGCGAGCGGACAUCGUAUCGCAUCGACGUUUCUUAUUGAUUUCCGGAAUUCGUAUUAUCACGCUGAUAAGGUCGUCGUACUCGUGGACAUAUCGGUUUCUCGAAAUUGCAGUCCAGCUAUGUUGCGCUGAUUACAGUUGAAACACAUAUCGGCGUCCCGAGAAAAACUACAAGGAUCUCGUGCCUCUCUUAUGUUUUACAAUAAAUUCAACAGAUUUCUAUAUAAUGGAGAGUUUGCUUGGCGACCUCUUCCAGUUACUCCACGGCUAGAAUCCGCUGAGAACUGUUUGGAAAACUCGAUUUUUCUCGUACUCGACGCGCGCGCGCGCGCGCUGUCACAGCAGGUGCGAUAUUAUUAGCUUGAUUAGGCGAAAUUUCGCGAAAUCCGAAAGUGCAGGGUUCUAGGUUAAACGCGUUUUGUUUCUUGACUUCUCGACAUGAUCGGAUCGGUACGGGCCUUUUCCCCAGAUAGCAUCGAAUAUAAUUAUCUGGCAGCAGGAAACGAGAUAGGUAUCGCUUUGGGAAUUGUCUUCCCGAAGAGAUCCAUUGUGAAAGAGGAAUGCCGGCGUAUGUAUUCCAUGGGAAUUUACCCACGAUUAAAAUUUGCACCGAGUACCUGAAGAACACGAUUAUCUUUAUUCACAGUAAUAAAUUGCGACUUAAUAAUAAUUACAUCUCGUUACUCGUAUCAUUGGACGGAUGAUCAACGAAUAAUCAUUGCGAUUCGUUAUACACCGGGCAAUACUAUAUAAUAGAAUUAUCGAAAUACAAGUGCGUCCGUGCGUAGAUUUCGUUUUUUUUUAGUGCUCAAUUUCGGGAGGAUCGGUUUCGUCGACCCGGAAUUCCUUUCGAUCGUCAGCGACCAUCGACUUUUAGUUUAUAACGACGAAAUUGUUCUCGAAACGAUCAAGUACGUUUGAGCGUGAAAUUCUUUAAUUAUAUCUCCUAUAUAUAUUAAAGUAAUAUUUUACAAAACUAUAUGAAAAUCUUAUUUGUAAAUAAAUCAUAUACAAUUUUUCAGCUAA